GCGUCGGGCUGCCCGCCGGCGUGCGAGUGCAAGUGGCGCUCGGGCAAGGAGGCGGCGUGGUGCCGCAACGUGACGGCCGUGCCCGCCGGCCUGGACGCGGGCACGCAGCUGCUCGACCUGUCGGGCAACGCGCUGGCGCCGCUGGCGGCGCGCGCCUUCGUGUCGCGCGGGCUGGCCCACCUGCAGCGCCUGCACCUGGCGCGCUGCGGGCUGCGCGCGCUCGCCGCCGCCGCGCUCGCCGGGCUCGCCAACCUGGUCGAGCUGGACGUCAGCGGCAACCUGCUGCUGGCCGUGCCCUCGGCCGCCUUCCAGCCCGUGCCCGAGCUGCGCGAGCUGCGCCUCUCCGCCAACCCGCUCGACCGCCUGCCCGCGCGCGCCUUCCACCUGCUGCCCCGGCUCGUGCGCCUCGAGCUCUCCAACUGCCGCAUCAGCCGCAUCGACCCGCGAGCCUUCGAAGGUGUCGAGUCCUCUCUCGAAUGGCUGCGACUGGACGGCAACGAGCUGACCGGCACGGAGUCCGGGGUGUCGGCGCUGACGACGCUGCGCGCGCUGCACGGCCUGGCGCUGGCCGGCAACCCCUGGAACUGCAGCUGCGCGCUGCGGCCGCUGCGCCGCUGGCUCACCGAGCAGCGCGUGCCCCUGGGCGACGAGCCGCCCGCGUGCCGCGAGCCGGCGAGGCUGCGCGGCCGCGCCUGGGACCGCCUGUCCGCCGAGGACUUCGCCUGCCGGCCGCGGCCCGCGCCGCCGCCCCUGGUCAGCGCGCAGGAGGGCGGCGCCGCCCAGCUGCGCUGCCCCGUCAGCGCGGACCCGCCGCCCACCGUCAAGUGGCUCUGGCGCGGGCGGCCGCUCGUCAACAGGUCGUCGCCGGGCCGGUACGUGGUGAACGCGUCCGGGGGCGCGCUGACCGUGCUGCGGCUGGAGGCGUCGGACGCGGGCUCCUACCAGUGCGUGGGCGAGAACCGCGCGGGCCGCGCGCUGGGCGCCGUCACGCUGGAGGUGCGCCGGCGCGCCGCGGCGCCGCCCCCGGCCGCCGCGCUGUCGGGCCGCGUGCUGGCGGCGGGCGUCGCCGUCGCGGCGCUGCUGGUGCUGGCCGCCGGGCUGCUGGCCGCCUGCGCGCUGCACGGCGCCCUCGCCAGGAAGCGCCGCCGCCGCCGGCACGACGCCGCAGAGGGUGAGGAGAGCCUGAGUACGCAGGCUGCUGGUGGCUGCGACAGCGGGGGCGGUCUGUCCGGCCCGGGGGCGGGCGGCGGCGGCGGAGGCGGCGGCGGCGGCAGCUACGAGAAGAUAGAGCUCAACCAUAAGGCGCCAUCGCCCAGGAUACUCAACCACCGCGAACAGGUGGGCACGGCCGAAACUGCUGUGGUGUCGCAUCCGCGGAUGCGCGAGUACCGCGGAGUGCCCGACACUGAUGACGAGGACGAAGACGUGGAGGACGAGGCAGGCUACGAGGAGGACGAGCAGGAGACGACCACACCCUCCGCGGACCUCCACAUCCCGCGCAUCAACAGCUGGGACACGACGCCCAGCACGACGUCGAGCAGCUGGGUGCAGCUGCAGGGGCAGCUCAAGUCGCCGCCGCCGGCGCCGCUGUCCCCCGGCGUGAGCAGCACGCUGCCUCGCCGGGGGCGAUACGGCGGCGGUGUCAGCGGCGGCUCCGGCCUGGGUCCGAGCGGGGGCGGCCCGGGGGCGGACAGCAGCCAGUCGCCGCUGCUGGGGGCGCGCGCCGCCGCCGACCUCGCGUCCUACGACUACCACGCGCAGCAGCUGGAGCGCUUCCUCAUGGAGUACCGCAGCCUCCAGCGGCAGCUGUCGCGCAUGAAGAUGGCCGUGGACCGCCGCCGCGGACUGGGGGCCGCGUCCACCGCGUCGGCGGCGGCGGGGGCGGCGACGGUCCCGCCCAGUGCCGGAGCCACGUCUCCGCCUCCCUACUGGCUGGGGACGACCAAGGCCACGGCGCCCGGCUCAACCGCCCCUCAGCACCGCCGCUUCAGCGGGGGCGACUUCUUCCUGAGCUGA